AUGUGGUUUAGGAUUCUUGCUAGUGAGGAAGGGAGUGGAUUUUUGCCAAUUACUGCUGACAAGGAUGCAAUGGACAUGUGCACCUUCAUCUCCCCAAGAACAAAGAGCAUUGACAUGUACAUUGUUUGCUUAAGUGAGAGGAGAGUGUUUAGAGAGGAUGAGCUGAAUAAGUUUGAUGAAGAUAUUGACCACACAAGAUUCAUGAACUGGUGGAUUGAUGACAUUGAAGGAGGGCCCAAUUCUGAUGAGGAGGAUGAGGAUGAGGAUUUGAUUGAUGAGUUUAUUCCAGAAGUUAUGGAAGUUGUGGAGGUAAAUGAUGAUGAUGAUGAUGAUGAUGAUGAUGAUGAUGGGCCAGAAGCUGGUAAUGGAAGUGGGCCUGUUUCAGGUAAUAAUGGUGAUGGGCCAUUACCUGCACAUAAUGAUGAAGGGCUAGUACAUGGUAAUGAGGAUGAUGGGCUUCUAAGUGCUUUUGGAGUGACCCAAACUGAAACUCAAAGAGGGAAAAAAAGAGCUGUUGACAAAGGUAAAUAG